AUGGAUAUCACUAACCCUGAUGAAGAAGCCUCGUUCAAGCCUGUUGCAUUGCCGUCGCAACGUCGAGGGACGUAUACGAGGUUUUUGGUGCCCCAUCCAGACGACGAUGGUUUGGUAUACGCAUUAACCAAUGGUGGAAAAGCUGAUAGAAACGGAAUUCUACGAUACGUCUGUGCCUACUGCCGUGCCGUGAAGGACAAAAACCGGAGGAAUAAAGAAGACGUCACACAUUUCCUUCCAUAUAGGGCGUCCGCGAACAGCGUGUCCGCGAACAGGGAAUGCCCGCGAAUGGAGAUGUCCGCGAAUAGGGUAUCACUCCAAGGAAGUGUUUCAGCCAAUUUUUGCAUUUUUUCGCACUUCAAAGAAUUACUUUUUUUAUCCGCACCUUCGCCCUAUAACCGGCUUGCCCUUUCCUUACGUUCGCCUCUUGCUCCUAAUCCCAUUGUUGUAACGUGGCUGUAAUUGAAUCGGCCAAGUUCGUCAGCAUCCUCUUGCCUUUUGUUCUCUGCAAUGUUGCUUUUUUGCCUUUGAUUAAAAUGGGCGCUACUUUGCGAAUUACGCCGUCUAAAUUCGAACCUAAUCCGGCGGAGUUGCAAAUGAAAUAUUCGGCCGGCGGGACAAUGGACUUGAACGCUGUUGGGCCGAUUUUGGCAGUCCAUUAUUUCGCUGCUUAUUUUGUUUGCGCCGAGUGCAUGGGAUUUGACUUGUUGUGCUGGAGCUGCGACGCUUUGUCCGGCCCUGGGAAUAGACUUGCGGGGGUAAAUUGGGAAGGUUAG